AUAUCAAUAAACAGAUUCAUAAUGCAGGUGUUUCGACAAUAGAGCGCUCGCGCCGUGGCUCCAUCUCCACGUUUUUAUUUUCUGUGGACUGAAUCAUUGAAAGUUGAAGUGCGCGCGCGCACAGGUCAGUGAGAGGGGGAGGGAGAGCGAAGGAGGGAGGGGUAGGGACCGGAUGGAUGGAUGAGUUAGAAGAUUAUCGACGUUUAAGCCACGCAUCCCGCAGCUCACGCGCUCACCUGCUCGCGGGACGGCGUCCGGUGGCUCGCCUUGGUCUCGAGCCCCGCUCCCCGUGGACUCCAGGUGUUUUGGAUUAACGGACUUCCCCUUGCAUCCCACGAAGGAGCGGCUGUUUCUUUUUCUGCGGACCUUUUUCCAAGUUCCUCCGGGACCACGGCGCGCGGGUUGACCCGCCCUGAGCUCACGAGGGGAUUACACGAGUGACGAGAAAGAAACCCGCGAGCUCACCGGAGAUGAAGAAGCAUGGUCCUCCUCAGGAGAAGCAUGGGCGGAGCAGAACAGCACUGUAACAGCUGCCUCCAUGGAGCCCUGACCCUCAGGGCAGAGAGCAGGUAAAUGGAGGUGCAGGAUCGGAGCCGCUCCCCCUCCCGCAGGACCAGCCGGGUGGAGCAGGUGGUGGGACGAUGGCUGAGACGCUCCCGAGACUUAGGAAGCAGGUCCCACUCUCUGAGCAGAGAUCGAGCUGCAGCUGAUGGGAAGCCAGCAGGGUCCAGCGGCUGUGAUCACAGGAAUUACCCUUUCCGCUUCAACGUUCAGAUCCAAAGGGACCCAAACCUAAACUCUCAUGGCUUCACACUCUCCUCGCAGACCCCCAUCCUGGUGGAGGACGUCACCCCAGGUGGUCCUGCAGAUGGUCGGCUCGUCCCCGGCGACCAGUUGGUGAAGAUCAAUAAUGUUGCAGCCGAUGACCUGACCCCAGAGCAAGCGGCUGAAAUAAUCAGGGAGCAUCAGGAGACCAUGAGUGUGACAGUACUCAGAAUAAUGCUGGGCCCAAAGUCCUCCUUCAUCACACCAGAGAAGAGGGCAAAGCUCAGGUCCAACCCUGUCAAGGUCCACUUUGCUGAGGAGGUGGAAGUCAACGGACACUCUCAGGGAAACUCGCUGCUCUUUUUGCCGAACGUACUGAAGGUGUACCUAGAGAACGGGCAGACCAAGGCCUUCAAAUUUGAGCCCAGCACCACCGUAAAGGACAUUGUGUUGACGCUGAAGGAAAAGCUUUCCCUGAGCCGUAUCGAACAUUUCUCCUUGGUGCUGGAACAACAGUUCAGCAGCAACAAACUGCAGCUCCUUCAUGAGGAUGAGAGGAUCCAGCAGGUGGUGCAGAGGAAAGAGGUUCACGACUACAGGUGCCUGUUCCGUGUUUGCUUCAUGCCCAAAGACCUUCGGAAGCUGCUGCAGGAGGACCCAACCGCUUUUGAGUACCUCUACCAGCAGGGCGUUAAUGAUGUGCUACAGGAGCGCUACGCCGUGGAGAUGAGGUGUAACACAGCCCUGCGGCUCGCUGCUCUGCACAUCCAGGAGAGGCUGGUGAGCUGUGGACAGUCGCCAAAGGUCAACCUGAAGACCAUCACGAAGACUUGGGGCAUUGAGAACUUUGUGUCGUCCACUUUACUGAGAAACAUGCGAGAGAAAGACCUCAGGAAGGCCGUUGGAUACCACAUGAAGCAGAGCCAGUCGCAGUAUGAUCCCAAACAGAAAGGCCUGACGGUGGAUCAAGCCCGGAUCAACUACCUGGAGGAGCUGAGCGACCUCAAGUGUUUUGGAGGGAAAUCUUUCGGGGCCACCUUGAUGCUCCAGGACAGGGAGUCCAUGGUGACCCUGCUGGUGGGAGCUCGCUAUGGUGUGAGUCAGGUGGUCAACCACAAGCUGAACAUCCUGACCACCCUCACCGAGUUCUCCUGCAUCACUCGCAUCGAGCUGCUGCCUGAGUCCGAGAAGGUCAGCCUGGUCAAAAUGUACCUACAGGACAUCAAGCCCAUCACACUGCUGUUGGAGGCAGCUGCCGCCAAGGACAUGUCCUGUUUGAUCGCUGGCUACUGCCGCGUGUUUGUCGACCCCAACCUCAACAUCUUUCCCUGGACGGAAGACAAGAAGCACAAAAUUUCAGCCGAAGAAGGUUACGUGUCCCGAUGUGCAAGUGACUCCGACGACUCUUCAGACGUGGACACGGAGCCGCUGCUCAGUCUGGGGCUUCGGGACCAGAGGCCCUGCCCUCGUGUCCGGUCUUCAUCUGACCCGGAUGGAAGGAAAAGAAAAAACAGGGGGAGAAUGAAGAACAGGGAUGGCAAAGAAAAGGGGAACAAACCUUGGGAGGAUAACAAGUUAAAAGAACUGAAGAGUGCAACUGCAGAAGUGGAAAAGUCUCCAGCAGAUGAGAAGAAUGAGGCUGCAGAGAUGGAGCAGGAGGUUGGACCGAUCCAGAUCAUCAAAACCGAGUCAGAGAGACACAGCGGGCUGAAAAGGAGCGGUGGUGGGGAGGAACCGCGAGCGGCUGAGGAGCAGCCGUCAGUGUCAGAAGCGUCGGAUUCCUUUACGACAGACUCUCGAGUCCUCACCAGCCCCUCCAGCGACUCUCUGGAUGCUCUGGAAGAAGACGACUUAAUUUCAUGCUCUUCUUCCUCCGUCCAUCCGAACAGUCUCAUGAGUUCUCACGUGUGUGUCCACGCCCCCCUUCAGCUGCACUCUGACAGCCACGCUCAGCCACACCUCCUCCUACCUCCACCAGCUCACUCCCAUCCUCUCCUCCACCUCACCAGAGAUGAAGGAGGCGGCUGCAGGAGGUCGGGCGAUGGCGCCGAUCCCCAGUCCCCCGCCCACAGCUGCUCGGACGACGGCUCGCUGUGCUUCGCUGAACUCUCCCGCCGCACCGACAUCCUGCCCAGUCCGCCCGAGGCAAGCGAAGAAGACGAGGACGAUGAGCUGAGGAAGAGGGCAAAGGUGCAAAAAGUAGAAAUCACUGUGAGAAAGCCGAGUGAAGGAGACUGUUCGCUCAGGGAGGGUGGGACCACAGAGAAUCCACUCUCCACGUCUACGUCUCCCCUCUCCUCCCACACAGACUAUGUCUUUAACUUUGACCAAGGCGACGCCCGUUGUUACUACAACCUCUGCUCCAACAUCACCCCUGACAGCGCCCGCAGCCUUCCACACCCACCCAGCCACACCGGCACAAAACCCAGAGAGGAGGUGGUCAACACCGGAGACCUGGAGCUGAUCCCCAUCCUCCAGCCACCCCCCGGCUUUGGGGACAGCAGCUCAGACGAAGAGUUCUUUGACGCCAGAGACGGCUUUACCUCACCUGAAGAUCCCACCUCAGGCCCUGCACCCAGAGAGACAAAGCCCGACUCCCUCAGCCUCACCGACAUUAGGGUUUCUGUGGACGGAGAAACAGAAAAAAAGGGAGAAUCUCACGGAGAAGGAGACAGCGAAACAGUUUUCCUCCUCCGGAAGCGAUCCCGGAAGCGCCGCUCCUUUAUGGAAACGGAUUUUACCUCAAGAGUAACGUACCCAGCACUGGAUUCUGAAUCAAAGCACAACCCGGCCUCCAACAGCCGUCUGACAGACGGCAGUAACAGUCACCUGCUCAGUUCCGACCCUGAGCCCUCAGAACAAACCCAGAAUCCAAGUCCCACCGUCUCCUCGCUCACUCACUCUGAAGGAGAACCCAGCGAACUUGAGUUAAAGCCCAUCCCGUCCAAACUUGACCCUCACGGCUCUCGGUCUGCCCUUGAGCGGAACAGAAACCUAAACUCUCCAUCCAGAACCAGGAAACAGGAGAUGGACAUGGAACCAGACACAAUGGAGUCCAAAUCCGUAAUGGAUCUGGUUCCGGCUUCGAGUAUCACAGUCAUCCGGUGGAGGGUUGAUCCGGACGGUAAGGAGAGCGCCGAUCGGAAGUGUGAUGGAAAAGAGGAGGGAGUGGAGCAGAGGGAGGCCGGCACCACAGAAAACGGACCGUUCACUCGUCACAUGUUUUUGCCUGAAACGAUCGAGGAGGAGGAGAAGGAGGUGGAAGAGGAGCAGAAAGGACUCUCCUCUAGCUUAAAGAGACCUUUGAUUGGUUCUGAAAUGCCAAAACAGGGCAUCUCAGUGCCGACGUGUUUGACAAAGAUAAAUAAAAGGACCAUUGAGGGCUUUUUGGACUCUAACUUAAUCUUUCUCAAUCUGAACACACUUAUUGAUGAAUGUUCUCCUCCCUCGUAUUCUCCACCACCUCCUCCACCGUCCUCCCCGCUUCCCCACAUCCCUGCAGAGCACAAAAUCCAAAAUGACUGUUCGGUGAAGGAAAGGAACACGAGGAGCUUAUUAAACCAAAUCACUCUUUUAAAUCACAAGGAGCAAGGUUUGUUUUUUAGCUUAGAAACAAGUCAUCGGCCCAAAGAAUCCACAAACUCCCCCAGCGAAGAGGUUACAGACAGCACAAACUCAGACGUCUUCGAGGAAGAUUUUGACGACAGGAGGACAGAAGCCAGAACGAAAACUCUGAAGCUGAGCAGCAGUGAUCCUUCGGAUGCUGCCAUGGAAGAGGAGACGCAAACCCCGCAAACCCCCACCGAGCUUCAUCCAGAUUCAGAGGAUCAAGCAGGAAUGUGUUCAAGUCGUGUGGAAUGUAUUCUUGCUUUAGGCUCCAUUGAGGGAAAGCUUGGAGCUCCAACUGCUGUCCCGCCUUCCACUUUGAGUCCAGGGCUGCGAGGUCAAGUCGUACCUCAGAUUGUUUUGUCGCCGCAUCAAACCACGGAGAUCCCUGCAGGUGAUCAGAGCGAGCUGAGCACCGGGGUCAAAGAGGCUCCGCAGAGUCCAAGCCGGAUGAUGGCUAAAACCAACACAAUGCACGAUCUCUCCAAAGAUCAGCCCCCCUCACCCCACUUCCUGUUCCAGGCGUGCUCCCCCAGCAUCAUGGGCCGGUUAUCUGCUUCAACACUCAGAGGGAAGAUUCAGAAUCUGCCCCUGUACCUGUCACGCUCCCAGGAUGGCUUGAAUCGAGCCGGAGAUGGGAGCACAGCCCAGAGUCCUGCUGACAACAGCACAGAAGAAAUCAAAGUCCCAGAGGUUCACAGUCCUGUUCCAGAAGUUUCAGAUAUCAGGGAAACCCCUGGGUCAGAUUCUGAGGCGGCCGAGUCCGACGAUUCGGACGCGACUCUCACCGGGUCUGAGGUGGACGAGGAAUUUUCAGCAGAAACUGUAACAACAAAGAGUUUUUCUUCAGAGAUGGAAGAUGUCAGUUCGCAGGUGCCAGUCCAGACUGAGCCUAAAGUCCAAAGUCACAGUCAGACUGUGUUUACCGGACUCCCCCAGAACACACCCGGCCCAAUAACAGAACCACCAAGCUCCAUGGGAAGCCCCUUAGAAAGAGAUGCCACCAACCUGGAGACGGACACUCCGGGGCCGGUGAAAGAUUCCCCCAAACCAAACACUAAAGCCAGUAUUCCAGAGGAGGACGGUCAGGCUUUUAAAGACAACCAUCCGUCACCUUUGGUUCCACCUCCAAUAGUGGUGACUACUCAGAACCUAAACGGACCGUCAUUUCGGUCUCAAAGAGUAAUGGGGACGAGUAGCGACAGGCCUUUGAUGGGUUUUUGUCCACCUUCAGAGCAGAACUCUAAGCCCCUUUCCAAUGAGUGUAAACUGUUUACAAUCUGUGAGGCUGCGUCCCAGACCAAGACCCAGACGGAGGUGGGGUCCGGUCCAGCCUUCAAGUCCGGCUCGGCCUGUGCCUCUGUUCUUGCGUCUGGUUGUGAGACGGUAGUGGAGGGGAUGCAGGUGCCUCUCGACGCCUGUGGCUGUCCCACAGUUUACACGAGCUGCUUCAGCGGAGAGGACGCCUUUGACGAAGAGCUCACGGUCUACGAGUUCUCCUGCCGCACACAGAGCAGCGGACUCAGCCCCACUUCAGGAGUCAUCCGUCCCGUCAUGACAUCUCCUCCGGUUCCCCUGUUUCUCUCUGCUUCCUCCAUUCAUUCUCCCUCUUUACCCCAAUCCAUCCUUUUCUCCUCGUCCACCUCUGAGCUGAGCCCCCUGCUGUCUCCGCUGUCGGACACCUCCGACUCGUACCCGUCCCAAUUGCACAAAGACACAAUCAAUCACUUAGGUCGGCAGCGCUACCCGGAACCACCCGCUGGUUUCCAAGUUCUCCGCGUGGAGGUGGACAAGCUGCUGUCUAAUUUGGAGGGCAACGCCCCUGAUCGGUCUUUUACAGGCCAUGGAGGUCGUCACCCAAGGGAUACCUGCCCCGUGCACUUUACAGAGAACAAGAGGGUGCUUCAGGUGGAGGCCCGGCGGCUCAUGUCUGGCUGUCAGAGGGUGGUAGGGAUUGGACAGAGCCCAGAAGAAAUGCUUCAUGCCUUGGCUGACAGUUUUCGGACCCUGGUAGGGCUGACGACCAUCUGCCUCUGGUUCUCCGGCUGCGACAGGUGUGACCGAAGGAACGCAGAGGCGGUUGCGGGCCUGGCGGACGUCGCCCGCUCCUUCAGGGACUUUUGUCUGGCGGCGGAGCGAGCCAGCAGCAAACGCAGCUGCCAAGACCUGAGCACCAAGCUGCUGGCCAAGCAGUGCACAGCGCUCACCGCCUCCGUCUUCUGCCUCACUCAGCUGUUCCGCACCCUGACUGCUCUAUGAGCCGACCACAGGGGGUCCGCAGUUUCAACAGGGACCUACCUGCAUGUCCGGAUUGGGCAGAAAAAGCUGAGGCGGGGUUACAGCGGAGCCGAGUGAACGCCUCAACGCUCACAAGAACCGGUUUUUACAGUCAUUUGGUUAGAGACGAUAAGCAGAGCUGCAUGGGAGGAGUCCACGGUCGCAGAGGAUGGAGCGGCACAAACUGCAGGAGCAGACAACGUAGAGUUGAACUGAUGUACUUGAAUGUAUCCCUAUUUAUUUAUUUAUUUAUAAAAUGCAUUAGUUGCUGCAGUGAGAAAGUGAAGAAUGUGAAGGAAAUGUACAAGUGUUUACAGAUUUUUAGCAUCUUGGCCACGCACACGUGCAAAGUUAAUAUCCAAACAUUUGUACACAGACCUUCUACGUAUCUGACUGUGUGACUGUUUCUUUGCGACAGGAGCCCUGCAAUGUUUAGCUCCUGUCUGAAAGGACUGUUUUGUUGGUUUUUUUCUUUUUCAAAUGUCACUGUUUACAAAACCAAAAAGUAGCAAGAGAAGUGAUUUGAUCAAAGCCUAAAGCCAUUUUCUAAACCCUCUAGAGGAAUGCAAACAAAUAUAUGUGCAUUAUAUUUUAUGAAGGUUUUAUUUAGUUUGGUGCGAUUUUGCACAAACCUGUGGUGCGUUUAGGGGAAACAUGCUCAUUUUCCACUUGUGGAUGAAAGACUGAAGCUGGGAAUCCUUGUUUUUUACACAAUUACAUUAACAUAACUUCAGAAAAAAACAUCUUUAAUAAAUAAUCUCAAGUCUUUUUGUUUUAAGGGUUAAAAUUAUAAAGAAUUGUCUGUUUGAGUUGUGCAUAUUAGUCCCGUACACAAAGUGCUUUAUGACUACUGACCACAAUAAUCCUACGUCUUUGUGGACAUUCGGCCACAUAUAACUCAGAGCAUGAUCUCAAUAUGCAGUCCAGUUUUUGAACUUCCCAAUCCGGCCUGAAUGCAUCCACCACAGAAUCCUGUGCAACACUGGUCAGCACUCAUUUGCUUGCAGGUGAUGUUUGUGGAUAAGCUGCUAUGCUGUAGCGUUCUCACCUGGAAUGUUUGCUAGAACGCCUUGAAGAACACCAGAGCUGCAUGUGCACUGGAGACGUAUUUACCAGAGAUGAUUUCACCACUUCAGUGCUGGGAGCACACUAAACUGCAAUCGGCGUUUACAGUUUAUGUCCGGAUGGAUUUUGGUUGCAACAGAUUAUUAUUUAUGACGUCUUUUACUUAAGAAAAUAGGACAUUUGCGUUUUAACCAUGCUCAAUUGUCCCCAAGAGGAGGAAGCGGUAUCGUUGAAGUCAUCUGCUCCUACCAAGCAUGCUGGUAUAAGCCAUAGAAGAAACUGUUUCAUCAGGGAUUUUAGCUGUGAAUGACUGAAUGAUGAUGUCCGCUCAUUCUUUCUUAUGCUCAACUCCCACCAUUAAAACGAUAUUAUGAUCA